AUGACGGUUGGAAUUCAUACCAAGGCAUGGUUUAUCGCUGGGAUAUUUCUACUAAUGACUAUACCGAUAUCUCUCUGGGGAAUACUACAACACUUAGUUCAUUAUACUCAACCUGAAUUACAGAAACCAAUAAUAAGGAUUCUAUGGAUGGUGCCGAUUUACAGUUUAGACAGUUGGAUAGCUUUGAAAUACCCCAACAUUGCAAUAUAUGUGGAUACAUGUCGAGAAUGCUAUGAAGCUUAUGUCAUCUAUAAUUUUAUGGUUUUUCUUUCAAAUUAUCUAACCAACCGGUAUCCAAACCUCGUAUUAAUAAUAGAAGCGAAAGAUCAGCAGAGACAUCUGCCGCCUCUAUGUUGUUGUCCAUCGUGGGCUAUGGGAGAAGUAUUAUUAUUUAGAUGUAAACUGGGUGUUUUGCAGUACACUGUUGUCAGACCAUUUACUACCAUUAUUGCUUUAAUUUGUGAACUAGUGGGAGUGUACGAUGAAGGAAACUUCAGCUUCAACAAUGCUUGGACUUACUUGGUUAUACUUAACAACAUGUCACAGCUAUUUUCUUUGUAUUGUCUGGUGCUGUUUUAUAAAGUAUUACGUGAAGAACUGAACCCUAUCCAACCUGUUGGGAAGUUCCUUUGUGUGAAGAUGGUAGUUUUUGUUUCUUUCUGGCAAGCUGUGCUUAUUGCAUUGUUGGUGAAAGUUGGCGUUAUUUCUGAGAAACACACCUGGGAAUGGCAAAGCGUGGAAGCUGUGGCUACAGGCCUACAGGAUUUUAUCAUUUGUGUUGAGAUGUUCCUGGCUGCUAUUGCACAUCACUACAGUUUUUCCUAUAAACCUUAUGUUCAAGAAGCUGAAGAAGGGUCGUGCUUCGACUCUUUUCUUGCAAUGUGGGAUAUUUCUGAUAUAAGGGCAGAUAUAUCAGAACAGGUUCGAAAUGUUGGAAGGACAGUUUUGGGCCAGCCAAGGAAAAUGUUUUUUGAUGAGGAUCAUGAACAAAAUGAGCAUACAAGUUUACUGUCUUCAUCUACUCAAGACCCAAUUUCUGAUGCUUCUUCAAUGCCAUCUUCACCCAUGGGUCAUUAUCAGGGGUUUGGACGCACCGUGACACCUCUCACACCACCACCAACAGCCCCUGCAGUUGAUGGUAUUUAUAACAGUUCUGCUGCUCGAGGCGCUGAGGAGUCACCCGAACUAGAGCACAAUUUAUCAGAGAAAGCCUUGGAUAAAAGUUAGACUUGCCUUGUCUUUGAAUGUGUCAAGGAGUCUGUUACAUGCUUGCCACACAUGUUCUGUUAACAUGUACUAUUAGUGAUGAAAGUUAAAAAGCUUGAAAGAGCUGCUGCGCAGACAGGAAGAGGAUGUGGCUGUAACAGAAAUCUGAAUUCUGAAGCUCUAAUGGAUGUGAGUAUCUGUCAGUACCCCAUGAAUAUAAAACACGCACACUAUAAAAGUUUCUGCAUAAAUUUAAGAAUCAACUCCUUCAACUGCUGAACACUUAUACAUCAUGUCGAAAUUACACUGACUUUUAUUAAUAGAAAAGAAAUAUUUGAGAAAAUGCUUUUCUAAAGAUGAAGUGUAAGCACUACUGGUAAUGGGAAAACUUAAUUUCAAGAAUGUAAUUUAAAGAGGGCAGUAGCAAAAA